CUCAAAACAAUCAGAAAUGUUGCAGAGAUCUCGAACCGGGACGUGGAUGCCCGCAUGGGUUCCACAAUCCACUGUCACACUCGCUUUUUGCCUCAUGUUUUGCUCAAUGGUUCAAUCAGCGACUGGUGGAUAUGAUGGUUCGAUGUUGAAUGGCCUCAAUAUUCUUCCCUCGUAUACCGACUACUUCAAUUUGAAUGCUGCAACGACGGGUCUAAAUACUGCCUCUGUCUUUAUCGGUGGAGCUCUUGGUCCUAUUUUCUCUGGCAUCGUGUCUGAUCGUUAUGGUCGGCGCCCAGCAAUCUUCUGGGGAUCAGUUAUUACCCUCCUCGGCGUUCUCCUCCAAACUGCAGCUCAGAACAUCGCGAUGUUCGUUAUAGCUCGAAUCAUUCUUGGCUUUGGAGCUGCUCUCUCCGGUAUCGCAGGUGGAGUAUACCUCUCGGAAACUUUCCCCAGCCGAUGGCGAGCUUGGGGAGUUGGUCUGCUCAAUGAUUUCUAUUAUGUCGGCGCACUCAUCGCUGCUGGAAUCACACUGGGCACAGGACAAUGGAAUUCCACAUGGGCCUGGAGAUUACCUUCUCUUCUUCAGGGGGUUUUCUCACUUCUCUGCAUCAUCAUUCUACCAUUCAUCCCUGAAUCUCCUCGAUGGCUUGUGCAUGAAGGUUUCUUUGACGAGGCGCGAAUUGCCGUUGCGCAAACAAAUUCUAACGGGGAUAUAUCCGAUCCUAUUUCGAUUGUUAUAUACAAGGAGAUUGUGGACACAUUAGAUUGGGAAAAGAGAGAGUGUCGGACCAUGAGUCCUAUGGAAAUGAUCAAAACUCCUGUUGCCAGGAAAAGAUUGCUCAUCGGAAUGUCUCCCGGUCCAUUUUCAUGUAUUGCUGGAAACAUUAUUGCCUCAUACUACCUUGGCUCCGAGCUUGAUACAGCAGGCAUCACAAACACGCUGAGUCAACUGAAAGCCAACGUUGUUCUCAAUGUCUGGUGUCUCGGCUGCUGCCUCGCAGGAACUCAGUUAGCUGCCAGAUGGGGAAGAAAAAGUACAGCUCUCCUGUCUCAAAGCCUCCUCAUUGCUUGCCUGUUCAUCAUCGGAGGCUUGUCAAAGAUGUACGCCGAUAAUCCGGAUGGCGCUUCCCAAAGUCUGGUGUACGGAGAUGUGGCAGUCAUGUUCCUAUUCCAAGGAUUUUACUCUAUCGCAUGGACCCCACUUCUGUACUUGUAUCCUCCGGAAGUCAUGAACUACUCAAUCCGUGCCAAUGGAUUGGCAGUGUCGGCUUUUAUGUUGAAUGCACUUGCGCUCGUUUUUGUAUUCAUCAUGCCAAUUGGUCUUGCUAAUAUUGGCUGGAAAAUGUACAUGGUGAAUGGAUCUUGGGAUAUUGUCAUAUUGGGUCUCAUUGCGUAUUAUUGGGUGGAGACGAAAGGCAGAACUCUGGAAGAAAUCGAUGCAUUGUUUGAAGGCGAAAAACAUUCUUCUGUCCCGGACGUUGAAUUGGUUCGGACAGGAAAGGCAGAUUUUGACAUCAACGCGUUGGAGCGAAACGAGGUCGAGAUGGAAUCAACGAAAAUGAAAGAGAACUGAGGAACCACCACGUACUUCCACCAUAAAUCACAUCAUUCCGUAUGCCUUCAAAUGCAAACUCUCUCUCAACCAAGAGCUUUCCUCAACUUUGCAAAGUUCAAAAAGCCCAAUCCAGUCGUUGGAUCCCAUCCCGUUACUGCAGGAUAUCCAUAAGUACC